AUGAUGAAGACUCGGAUUUGGAUGCUACUAGCGAUGACGAGGUUGUCACCUCUCGUAAUCGUGAUGCUGACAGUGAGGACAGUGACCAGCAGUCCACGACGUCCGAUAGUACAACCACUUUUGCAGGAGACGAUGAUGCGGAUGGUGAUUCUUCAACGAGCAGAAAAAAAGAGGGGGGUCGAACAGACCGCAAACACGACGUGUUGCGUGACGACGACGACGCGAAUAACAAGGAGCCGGCGCUCCCAGCUCGCUUGUGGACUGCGACCGAGCAAAUUUUGGGUAUCUACAGCCCACCUUCUGGAUCACCGAGUUAUAUUCCUGAAGAAUCAUGGCGGAACCUGGGAUUGGCAACGUGGUGGGCUGAUACCGAAGCAAAUCUGA